CAACGCGUCACGUGACCCCUUAACUGGGCGAUUGCCAACGUCGCCGGAAUCAUCACUGCUUCCUUGUGCGCGCGAGUUUCAUCUGUUAUAACGGUGCCGGUGAGUAGCGGCAGAGUGCUAGCGAUCAAGCUUGCUGUACCGCUGCAGACUUUUCCUUCGAGCACGAGUUACUUGGCAAGUGCAGCAUCCCUCCCUGCCAAAGUUAAAGGCACUCCAAGGAAAUGGCAGCCAAAACCAAGGACCUAGUUGCUGCGAUCAAAGAUGCCCUGCCCCACAUAACCGAUGAGCGCAUGUUAUUCCUGAUGCAAGAACUUGGAGCCAAGGGCGUGCGAUGCAAGGCGGAUAUGGAGAAAUUGGAAGCCGUUGACCUUGUAAAUGCGCUGGGGACUGAUGACGCGAAGAGACUGGUUGCAUUCUUCAAUACUCCGGAACCCAUAGAUGAAAUCAUGGCCGAUGGUGCCAGGUAUUGCAACUUCAGGGGCCCUGUGGGAGGUGCACAGAUGGCACAAUCGUUACUUCAGAAUACAAGGGCACAGGUGGAGUCUGAUCGUCGAGAAGUGUCCGACACUCUGAAAGAGGAGCAGGCGAAGAGGCAGCAAAUUCACGAAGCCACGGUGCGUGACGUCACCUGCAGCGCGUCGCUCCAAGCCGGGGCGCACAGAGCCACAAUGGAGAAGCUGCAAGCACAGCAGGCGGCCACAUCACGUGAACACGAGGAGAACUUGAAGCGCAUGCGCGAAGAACACAGGCUGCGCGCCCAGAAACUCGAGCAAGAGGAGCGUGAACAUUUGGAGAAGAUGGAGCGUUUGCGGAGGCAACGGCGUCCUGCAAUGAACCGCCUUUUAGAUAUUGUGAUGGAUUACACGGUGCGAAAGGUUACUGGAGGCUUGAGUCAAGACUGGAGCGGUCCGGCUAACCCAUCGCAAGACUUCGUCACCGCACCUCGCUCAGCAAAUUAAAUGGGCUACACAGUGGCUCAACAGUGACGUCCUCUUCUUCACUUGGCCAAUUAUUAUCCGUACUUAAUAUUGCUUAUUUUCAGCAGAUAGUUUCUACGUGGACUGCGAAUCAUGGAUUAGAUGGAGAUCCCAGAAUAAAAAAGGAUGAAA